CAGCAGCCACGGGGCUGGGCCCGUGCGCCACUUCGCGGAGUUCCUAGAAGUGGAAGAAAAUAUUUCCUGAGAUGUCAGUUGGGGAUUCUUCCCAGAAAACCCUGGAAAUGGAGAGCUUCCAUACAAGGUUCAGUGCCUGGACACCUUUUAGCAACAAGUCUUUAAACAGACAGCUCUUUCAGGAAAGAGUGGCUCUUAUAAGUCAUUGGUUUGACCUCUGGACCAACAAGCAACGUCAAGAAUUCUUAUUCACGAUUUUUUUACGAUGCACUAAAUCACAAUUAAGGUUUGUCCAGGACUGGUUUUCGGAAAGGAAACAAGUGGCCAGAGUGGAUUUCUCUACAAUUUUGCCACGCUUCAUUUCUCUGUAUAUCUUUUCCUUUCUGAAUCCAAAAGACUUGUGUGCAGCUGCUCAAGUCAGCUGGCCCUGGAAAUUUUUAACUGAGCAGGACUGCUUAUGGAUGCCCAAAUGCAUUAAAUUUGGGUGGCUGCUGCCCUACACGCCAGCAGAUAAGGAGUAUGGUGCCUGGAAGAACCACUACAUAGCUUGUGUGUCCAGCUUGGAGUGGUUAACACCCAGGGAAGCCGCUGCUACUUAUGGGACACUGAAUGAACCCAAAACAGAGGAUGAGGAGCUCCAGGAGAGGCGACGAGAAAAGUGCCUGAGGAAAAUACUUUGGGAGAAAAUUGCACUACGUAAGAAGGAGUUGUUCAGAGUCCGACCCCCGUGGAUGAGUGGAACGUGCUGCCCUAGAAGGCUGAAGUCCAAAGGCCAGCCGUGGCUCUCCCAGAUGGGGACGGAGCCAGUGGGACUCGGUGAAGUUUUGGAGAGACAGCUUGUUUUGGAAUCGUUAGAAGCUUUGCCCAAGCGAAGCAGUGUUUCUGGAAGCCAUUGCUAUCCAUUACUCUCAAAGAGCGAUCAGCAUGGCGUUUAUAAAAGCAAUGACAGCUCUUCAAAUGCCUACCAGCUGCACAUGAUAUUAAUAUCAACUCGGAUUCCUGCAUACGAGAUGGUGAUGGAGAGUGUCAAGGCAGGUGUGGUGGCUGUGGUGUACGAACACAGCGGUGUCACCCUAGAGAGCCUGCUUUGGCUCACAGAGAGAGCGCUGCAGGGCCGGAAGGCACAGAGUGUGGGAAUAUUUAGUGAUGGAGACAGCAGAGAAAUCAACUUACUCCAAGGCUAUAAAAUUGGUAUUAAAAAUUUACUGAAGCCCGAAGUGAGAGAUUUCUGGGAGAAAUUAGGAAGUCACGUGGCCACUGAAGAAGAAGGGGGACACGUGGACUUGUUCGUGCCACUUGGAGCAUCAGAGGCAGGCAUGAAAGUUCUUUCUCAGCUGUCUCAACUAACUGGCACACUCUUCACUGCCCCCACUGGGAUUGCAACAGGCUCUUACCAACACAUUCUUAGUGACUGGCUGGGACCACCGUGGGACAGGGGCCCUCCUUCCAUCUACUUCAGUGAAUCCAAGCUGCAGACCUGGUCCAGCCUCGCAGACUUCCUGGAAGACACCUUGAAGUCAGUGAGGAAAAACUUAAGUCCUGGCUUCAAGUCCUUGCAGAAGAGCAUCAGUGACCGGCUGAUAGGGCAAUUUCUAUUUGACAGCAUGAGUUUGGCCAACAUUCUAAAUAACCAAGAAAUAUCACAAGCUUUGGCAGAUGGAUUGAUGGAGCUGUCAAAAAAAGACUCCGGAAGGAACCACGCUGCUUGGGACACAAAGCCACAUCUCAGCAGAAGUGAUCGCAAUGUUGAGGCGCUGGUUGAGCUGGAGAGAAAGCUGCAGAGGGGCCCGGCAGAGGGGCGAACGAGGGCCGCCAGGGAACUCCUGGAGAGCGAGAGGAAGUUCGUGCAGCAGCUGGAGAUCCUGAGCAACGUGUACGUGAGGCCGCUGCGGGCGGCGCUGUCAUCCAACAGAGCCAUUCUGAGCGCCGCCAACAUCCAGGUCAUUUUCUCCGAUAUUCUGCGGAUUUUAAGUCUCAACAGGCAGUUUCUGGAUAAUCUGAGAGACAGGCUACAGGAAUGGGGCCUGGCCCACUGCAUAGGGGAGAUAUUCACAAAGUUUGGAAGCCAGCUGAACAUAUACACCAAUUUCUUCAACAAUUACCCUGUGGUUCUGAAGACCAUCGAGAAGUGCAGAGACACGACACCAGCAUUCCGAGCUUUCCUGAAGAGGCAUGAUAAGACCAUUGUCACCAAUAUGCUGAGCCUGCCUGAGCUACUUUUGUGCCCAUCCCGGAGGUUUGAAGAGUACCUUCAUCUUCUGUAUGCCUUGAGACUCCAUACCCCUGUAGGACACGGUGACCGGGAGGAUCUGACCACUGCAAUUGACCAGAUGAAAAAGUACAAAGGCCAUAUUGAUCAGAUGAAGGAAAACAUUAAAAUGAAAGAGCAGCUGUCAGAUAUUGAGAGAACCAUCUGGGGGUGUCCGACUCUAUCAGAAGUAAACAGAUACCUGAUUAGAGUUCAGGAUGUAGCCCAACUUCACUGCUGCGACGAGGAAGUAAGUUUCUAUUUAAGGCUCUAUGAACAAAUCCGUGAUCUCAGCCUCUUUCUCUUCAAUGACGCACUGCUUGUUUGCAGUCGGGGCAUAUCUCACACUCCGUUUGAAAGGACUUCAACAACAACUUACCAGUUCAUUGCAUCAGUAGCCCUUUCACGGUUACUCAUAGAAGACAUUCCAGAUUCCAAGUAUGUCAAGAAUGCAUUUAUUCUUCAAGGUCCAAAAUGUGAAUGGAUUUGUGCUACUGAAGCAGAGGAUGAUAAGCUCCUGUGGCUCUCAGUACUCCAGAGCACCAUCAGAAGUAGUAUGGAGAAGUGACACUGGACGUGAAGACAGCCAUCGGGGUGCAAUUCUGCAUUUUCUGUUCCUGAACAUCCAGGAAGAAGCAGAAGGUGUCACGGAUGAUGAGAGGAUGAACUGUGACGACCCACAAGGUUCCUUCCAACCCUGAAAUGUUAUCACCUAUGGCAAAGUUAUGUGGAAUGUUCAGAACAAUGAAUCUGAAAUUUUGAACCUUUUUUUUUUUUGACAGUUAUUUUGCAUGGACAAUCUUCUUUAAAACAAUUUGACUGAUGUGAUGAAUUGUGACAGCAAACAU